AUGUCUUCACGCGACCCCAAUAGAGGCGGGAAACCGUCGUCCAAGCCAAUCUCACUCUCCCUUUCAGGCUCAAAUGGGCCCUCAAAAAAGACCGGUUUCAACCUCCAUUCCUCGAACCGCGGCCGUGCCACCGACUCUCCAGCAGCUAAAGGCCAGUCACUCCCUAGGCGGCCUCACCAACUAGCGCACGGCGAUGACUCGGACGAAGAAGAGGCCGCUCCGGUCCACGAAGAAGUCUCAGGCUUCGACACGCACACCGGUGGCGCAAUUACCGUUGACGGACAAGCGGUCGACGACAAAAACCAGCUACUGGUAAUCCCAGUUACAAGCAAGAACAACUGGCGCGACCGGGCAACUGGUAAUGUGAAGAAGGGCAAGAAUCUGCUUCCCCGUGAAGUGCAAGCUAUGCAAGAGGCAGAGAGGAAUGGACAAACUCCCGGCGGAGAUGCCACAGUCGAGACAGAUGCGCCGAGCAUGGCAUACGGCCUGAGCUUUGCAAAGCAGUCCGAGUCCCAGGAAGAGAAGGGCGCAGCGGAUGAAGAUCAAGCUAUGCCCGAUGCGAAGCCUGUUGCGACCAAACCUCUCACCGAUGACGAAAUUGCCAUGCAGGCCCUCAUUCGCGAGACACAGGGUGAUGUGGAGCGCAGAACAGAUCUUGUUAUCGAGUCAAAUUUAAAGGAAGAAGAGGAAGCGCCAGUUCACUACAACGAAACAAGCUCUUUCCGGACAGAUGUGGCUUCGCGACCAGAGCCUGCUACGUUGGACGCCUACAAUGCCAUUCCAGUAGAGGAGUUUGGUGCUGCGCUGCUACGAGGAAUGGGUUGGAAGGACGGUCAAUCUAUUGGAAAGGGCAAUUAUGGCGGCGCCGCGGCUGCUGAGAAGGCGAAGAAUGCCCGUGUCCCCGAACGACGACCUGGAUUCCUCGGCAUUGGCGCAAAGGAUACAUCUGGCGGCAAAGGUGCCGAAGCAGAGCUUGGCGCGUGGGGUAAGUCAGCUAUGCGCAAGGCCUCUAGGAAAACAGGCGAAGAAAACGGAAAGGCGGAGGGUGUAUACAUGCCAGUCACGAUGCGCAACAAGAAGACGGGUGAGCACCUGACCGAAGAAGAGCUCGAGGCCCUCAAAAAAGAGGCAAAGGCCAGUCCCAAAGAGGACGACUGGCGCGACAGACGAGACCGCAACCUCGAAAAGAGUGGACGAGACAUGGACCGAGAAUACCGCAAGCGCGAUUAUGACGAUUAUGACCGCUCUCACCGGAGGAAUGGGUCUUCACGCCGUGACCGCAGUCUGUCCGGUGGCCGCCAAUCUUCCAGACGUUCCCGGUAUGACGAUGAUGAUAAAAGCAGGCGGGACGAUCGUUCCCAUCGUGAUCGGGAUUAUGAUCGAGAUCGCCGCCGGGACCGCCAUGACGACAAGGACCGACGGAGAGACCGCGAUCGAGAUUAUGACAGAGGUCGCAGCGAACGCAGUGACCGGUACAAAGACGAUAAGUACAGUUCUUCACGCUCGUCACACUCAUCUCGACAUGACCGAGACCGAGACCGCGAUCGUGACUCCCGACGCAGCCGUCGCGACGAUUGA